CAAAAAGAAAGGGAACUUUGUGAAGAUUUUGAUUUUAUAAAAUAUCAGUUAGAUUGGAGUAAACAAGAAAUAACUCAUAUUCAUACAGUUCUUUAUACUCUGUAUUAUGAUUGGAUUAUAGCAGGAAAAGAAAUUGCAAAUGUUUAUGCAGCUUUAAGUUCUUAUUGGAGUUAG